UUCGGCUGUAAAAGUUAUGACGUAGCCAAACAUCGUGAAAUAAAAGUACAGUGACUUGUCCAGUGAAGAAGUCUAUAGGAAAUCCUUCAAAAAUAACAAUUUUUGGCAAAAUGACUGAAGUUAAACGGCGGAGAAAGAAGAAGGAAAGCUGGGAGACCGAUGGAGAAGAGAAUGAACCAACAAAGGAGGAGACAGUUGUAGCAAAGCAUCUUAGAUGGAAUUGUCCGACCAAAUCUUCGACAAUGAUGGGAAACAAAGUGGAGUAUUUUAUGGGUUGCAAAGCUGUGGACUGCCUUCUAGACUCCAACUGGGCAUCUGGCAAGGGGAAGACAGAUAUAAUAUUCACAACAAGAGAGUCUUGUGCACUGUACCUUGACAGGCUUCUUACCAAGGGACUCUUCAGUCGGGUUUUGCGCAUUAAGAAGAAAAAAGUGGACAAGGACAAAGAGAAAGCAAAAGAAAAGUCAGACGGGGAGGGGAAAAAGAAGAAAGAGAAAAAGGAGAAAAGUGAAAAGACAGAGGACACAAAGAAGUUUAUACAGUCAAAGGUGGAUCUACUUGUAGAGGGUAUGGAUUUGCGGUCACUGGGCUUUUUAAAGGAUUCAGAGAGUAAAACUGAAGAAGGAAAGAAGAAAAGAAAGGUCAAGGUCAAACUUGAGUUACAUGAGGAGCAAAUCUUUUUUGAUGCUGAUGAUGAGGCCUAUGUUUGGAUAUAUGAUCCUGUUCACCCUAAAACAUUUGCCAUGGGCAUCGUAGUGGUAAUCGCCACCAUCGCUAUCUGUAUGUUCCCCCUCUGGCCAACCAAUGUAAGAGAGUAUGUGUGGUAUAUCAGUGUCAUUGCUGCUGCUGGCAUUGGCAUGAUCCUGGUCUUAGCAGUCUUGCGUUACAUCAUCUUCGGCAUACUUUGGCUGAUAAGCGGCGGCCGACACAAAUUCUGGCUCCUUCCGAACCUGACCGAGGAAUGCGGCUUCCUAGAAUCAUUUGUACCUCUUUACACGUACGAGUACGUUGCCAAGGAGACGAGUCAGGGCGAGACCAAGGGAGGGGGAGAAGGUGAACCGGGAGGUACUGGGGAGGAUCAAACUAACACUAAGGGCGAUGAAAGCAGCGAGGAGAAGGAGAGUGAGCGAGACUCUUGGGUCAAGGUCACGGACGAGGACGUGGAAAACGCAAAGUCAGAAAUGAAGGAAGACACAGUAAAGUUACAAGACAAGGCCGCAGCUAUUGACAAUGGACCAAAGACUGAUUCAGAGUAGAAUAUUUAUCGACUAGGGGUACUGGGUGUUUAUCGUCUUCGCACCUCCGAGCAAUCGUUGCGUUUAAUUUGUUAACUUCAUUGGUCCUUUCUUGAGAUAUGUAAAUAUAGCAGCUAUAAAUAAUGUCAAGUUGGCAACCACUUAAUUGAUUAUAAUUUUAUUUGCUCUAUUCACUGGUGAAUACUUUAUUAAAGUUUACUAUUCUAAAAUGA